UAAGAGCUCGGGGGCUUUGGCGCUUACGCCCUUGCUUAGUAGACAAUGCGCAGUCUAAGUGCCGCUUCUGUUAGUUAACUUUCCUUACAACUGAGUAGCAUCCUGGAAGUGUUUUGACAAGACUGACACAGUAUCUGAGGCAGAGACAAUCAGCCAUGGCGGGCUUAAUGCAUCUGGUGGUGCACAAUUACAAUGAGAUGCUGCAAUCGAAGAAAGACCCAAUGGUGGACUCAUGGUUCCUCAUGAGCAGCCCUAUGCCAGUUCUGUUAAUUCUGGUCUUCUACUUGUACUUCGUUCUGAAGCUAGGACCUCAGCUAAUGGCCACACGGAAGGCGUUCAAUCUCCAAAGGAUCCUUGUCGCAUACAACUUUUAUCAAGUCAUAUUCAGCCUCUGGCUCAGUAGUAUGCCUUUCAGGGUUGGUGCAUGGUCCUACAUAUUUAAAAACUUCUGUCAUCCAGUAGAAUAUCACAGAAAUCCAUUCUCAGUUGCAAUUUCUAAUGGUGCAUGGUGGUACUUCUUUUCGAAAAUGAUUGAACUAUUAGAUACGGUGUUCUUCGUUCUAAGGAAGAAACAGAAUCAGGUGACGUUUCUGCACGUGUAUCACCACACAAUCACUGCUCUGUUCUCCUGGGGAUACCUCAAAUUUCUGCCAGGUGAACAAGGACUGGUGAUCGGGUUUCUCAACUCAUUGGUGCAUGUCGUAAUGUAUUUCUACUACAUGAUGGCAGCGAUGGGGCCGAAAUACCAGAAAUAUCUGUGGUGGAAGAAGUACAUGACUUGGAUACAACUGGCGCAGUUCUGCAUCAUGCUCACGUACCUGCUCUGCCUUCUGGCCUACGACUGCAAGUUCCCAAAGGCCUUGACCUUCUUCUUCAUCAGCAACGUAAUCAUCUUCCUCUACCUCUUCUCAGACUUCUAUCGAAAAGCCUACAAGAAGAAAGAAAAGCUAGGAUGAAAUAUUCCGGAAAGAAGUCAAACACUCGCAGCCACACAGUGCUCGGCUUUCCAUACUCGAACACCAGGCCCAGGCCCAGGCCCGUGUCUGUAACGUCUCUCCCUCUCGGCUUCUCGCUAUCUUUACCUUGCAGCUUAUACCCCAGGAAUCAUCAGCGGACAGCGUCAUAUCUUUCUCACCACUUACAUGGAGUUUCAAUGAUCCUUUUUUUUUUUUCGUGGUCAUUUCAGAGAAUGUGAGGACCAUCUGUAGUGACAGAGAAAAGUUUUGGUCUCCUAGAAAUGUCAUCUAGGAUCGUUAAGGACUGUAGCAACAGUAUCUGCACUAAGGAAAGGCAUUCCAUCCAAAGGUUCGCCCACACAGAGCGCUACGUACGCUAUGUUCCCUAUGUUACCUACGUCGCAGACUGUACACAGCGUACGUAGCGAACAUAGCGUAGCGCUCUGUGUGGCCGAACCUUAAAGGGUUCUGACGGUGUUGGGUUUUCUUACGUUAUCGAUCGUACGGUAUUGUAAACAACUCAGUGUUUCGAAGACUCAAACACUUUCCGAAACGCUCGGCUAUUUAUAAUACCGGCAGACAGAGAAAGUUCGAAAACCCAGUAAUCUCGAAUAAUACAUUUAUUUACUCGUAUUAUGACAAGGAGAUGAAUAUAUAUUUCCCGUCGACCAAAAUGAAGACUGUAGCAAGACUGUAGCAAUAUUCUCAGGACAAGAAGUUGGCUAGAGGGUUGCUCGUGAGCUGUACCGAUAUAUUGAAAUCUUAUUAUAAUAGUAUUAUGAAUAUUUUCUUACGCAUUCUAGUCAGCCACAUGAAGACGGUACAUAUUCCCUUUAGCCGAAACGUUAUCGAAAGUGCCCCUAAACUGCAUUCAAAUAAACAAAUGUAUUCACUACGACACUCAGAGGCUUACACACAUAUAUAACCAGUGUCCUGCUGCUUUACAGCGUGGUUCUAGGUACCGAUCUAUUGCAAGAGAAGGCAAACGUGCUCAUAGUUCGCUUUUGCAUUAUAAUACUGAUUAUGAUCAUUUAACAAGCUGACAAGGAGAGGAAGUGACGGGAAAACGAA